GAAGAGAGCUGCCCUAGCAACUCAGUUGAGGAACCAACCAUGGAAUAGAUGGGCAGGACUUUAGUUGCCGUCUGAAGAAGGCUGUAUCUUGUGAAAGAAACAGUGAAAACGCAUGAGGACAGUGAAAGCGAACAGCGUGGUUGUCGGAAAGGUUUUGAGACGGGACUGUCAGGUAUUUUAAUUCGCAGUUAUAAAGAGACGCGACAGGGUUAAACCUGCAAAUGAAACUUUCCAAAGAAACUAUACGUGGAAUUUUGGGCAUUCAGACACGAAGUGGGAUAUUGUAGACCGUUGUGUCCAUUUACAGUGGAAUGCUCUUAUUGGCAGUGCAGCCUAUGACAUAAUGCAAACUUAUACGUUAGGCUACAUGUUCUUUUAGCAUUCGAAAAUAUUCAAGAAAAUGCCAUUUGUUAGUGUAAAAUCGAGCAGUGUUUACCGUUAUUUCUAAAUGACGUGUUAUCUGCAUUUAAACACGGAUCUGUCUUUCAAACAUAUACGUUGCUGAAAAGACCUUUACUGCGCAGACUUGUUUACUCCUCGAUCUGUACAGGUGGGAGUGCUUCAUCAAAUGUUACUGUUACGAAAACCACGUUUUGCCGAAUUAAAUAAUUUAAGGAGAAAAUUGUCGGUAACCACGUCAUAGGCUACUAUCAUUAGACAGUGAUUUUGGACACAAUGUUUCUGGAACGGCGACUUUGCACAUGUUAAAACUUGUUCAGUGACACAUAGAUAACUUAUUUCACCAAGUCCAUAGGCAAAGUUAAACGCGCUGAAAAGUGAUCCAACGAGUUGCGGAUGUUCCAUUAUGGGACAUAUGAGUGAUAUGUCGUGAGGAUGACCCACAGAAGUAGCCCCGCAAAGGCUUACGAUUUUCUGCUUAAGUUUCUGCUGGUUGGGGACAGUGAUGUUGGGAAGGGGGAGAUCUUGGCAAGUCUUCAGGAUGGAGCCAGUGAAUCACCAUACGGAUACAACAUGGGAAUCGAUUACAAGACAACCACCAUUCUGCUUGAUGGACGGAGGGUCAAACUACAACUCUGGGACACGUCUGGCCAAGGCAGAUUCUGCACCAUAUUUCGGUCUUACUCCAGAGGAGCACAGGGUGUAAUCCUGGUAUAUGACAUCACCAACCGCUGGUCCUUUGAUGGCAUCGACAGAUGGAUCAAAGAGAUUGAUGAGCAUGCUCCAGGUGUGCCCAAGAUCCUGGUGGGGAACCGGCUGCACCUGGCGUACAAGCGGCAGGUGAGCACGGAGCAGGCGCAGGUGUACGCCGAGCGACUCGGCGUCACCUUCUUUGAGGUCAGCCCUCUCUGCAACUUCAACAUCACCGAGUCCUUCACAGAGCUGGCCCGCAUCGUCCUGCUGCGCCACGGCAUGGAGCGGCUCUGGAGGCCCAACAAAGUUUUGAGUCUGCAGGACCUGUGCUGCCGCUCCAUAGUGUCCUGCACGCCAGUUCACUUGGUGGAAAAACUUCCCCUCCCCUUUGCCUUAAAGAGCCACCUGAAGUCCUUCUCAAUGGCCAACGGAUUGAAUACCAGGAUGAUGCAGGGACGCUCAUAUUCUGUCACUGCCAACAGCGCCAACAAGAGGAACAGCCUGAAGAAAUCCAAAUUAAUCCGCCCCCCUCAGAGCCCCUCUCAGAGCUGUGCCAGGAACAGCUGCAAGAUAUCUUAGCUCUGAGGGGGAGGCAGUGUGUUCCUGAUGAAGGCCUGCGCUCUGGAGUUACUGAGCAGGGCCAGAGCGCCAUCUCCGAGGGUCGGCUAGCAGGGGACAGGCUGAGCCACGCCCUUUUCCGAAUGUGCUGCGAGAUCCGCUUCAGAUUUAGCCGCUCCGCGGCGGACUGACUACGGUCUGCAUUUGGAGAUGAGUCACAUAACAAGGGCGUUUUACUUCGAAAUCUGGUCUGAGCCAUUGUUGCUGUUUUAUGUUGAGUAUAAAGCAUUUAUAAUAUAUCAUAAAUGUUUGACUUUUGGCCAGGGCUCAAAAGGAUGGAAGUCGGAGAAUGGAAUAGGUGUAAUAUUACAUCGUUCCAUACAAUACCAGCGAUUCUGUGUAUGAUGACUGUACAAGCUGGACCCUGUAAUUCAGCAGUUUCCCAGAUGGACCUGGGGAUGGUCAUCUUUGAAAUGAAUAUGAGAAUGAAUUAAAGAGAUUAAAUCUAUACUGAAAUUGAAUGGCAGAAAAAAGCAGCUCUUUUAAAAUGUAUUUGAUAUGUAUUAUGUUUGAUACUGUUGUGUUUUAAUGUUUGGUUUGUAUCACAGUUUACUUCUAUAAAAGUGUACAGUAAUGGGCACUGCAGUCCUUCCAAAAGGAAGAUACCAAAGACAUUGAGGUGGCUUAAGAGGAUGUCUGCACGAAAAUGUGUUUUGCAGUUAAGAAGACUAUGACUUUCCAAUAAACAUUGCCACAGGAUAAACAGUUCUUGGCUUGUCUCACUGCUCAAACACCUUUGUUGGAUGAAAGUGAGUAUUAGUUGUUCUCCAAAGUGAAAUGCACAAUGCUGUGAGUGUAAUCAAGAGAUAUAUUACAGUUGUGUGCAAAAUAAGAAAAUAUCAAAUGACUUCAUAUUUUGCCAACAUAAAUAAGAGACCAUGACAUAUACUAUGUCUGAGUAAUCUUCAUGUCCUUUAAGUGUUUAUUUUCAGAAAGCCUAGGUUUUUUGUACUGGCUUACACUGAAGACCUACUAAUCUGGGGGUGGAUCAGCUACUUGAAAAUUCAAUAUUGCCUUUUUAAUAUUAAUAUCAGGGCUAAAUUGCCAUCCAUAUCAUUUCAAGCAUGUAACCCCUCAAAUGCCGUUUUCAACCUUUGUUCAGUUAAACGUAUACUCCAUUACCCAUUGUAGCUGUAUUGGAUGAUGAAAAGAUAAUGUAAAAAUAAUGUUCUCAGAACAUGGCUAUUGACUGGGACAAGAAUGGGAACACAGCCUAAGAGAGGGGCCAACUCAGCAAAUUAAACGUAAGUAUUAGAGUUCACUCUUGUUCACGUUUUCAUGCUGAUUACAAGUGGAAAUGCUAUAGUCCCAUAUUUGAUGGAUUAUUAAAUAGUUAGAAAUUGAUAGUUCGUUGUUUCAUUUUACAUGAAACCUUUAGAAGAAUUGAUAAUACCAGUGGAGCCAAUUAAGCUAAACACUUAAUUAUUCACUAAGUGGGGUUACAGUUUAGUUUUGAUUAAACUUGUUAAGGAGUAAUUCCUUAUGAUUUUGAAUAUGAAAAAAAAGAACAUGAAUUGUCCAUCUUUAUCAGUGCUACUGACUCCAGGUCCUGCAGACUGCAGUGUCUGCAGGUAUUUUCUCCCGCACUACACCACCUGAUUUCACACAUUUUUUUUACCUCCAUUGUUCAGCAAGUAAGCUCAUUGGUGAAAUAAGGUGGUAUUGUGCAUGGUUGGAGAAAAUAUCUGCAAACACUGCAGGACCUGGAGUUGAGUGGCUUUUUCAUUUAACAAUUUUAAGCCACAACAUCAAAAUGUAAUACUUUGUAAAAUGUUUUACUCAAUGUGAAUUUUACAGAGAAAUAAAAUCAAGUUCCCUUGUA